UUCAGUCUAUGGUCCAUGUGGUCUGAUCUUCUCUGUAUGUGUGUGCAGGACAUCAACGCCCAUGCCUGUGUGACAGGAAAGCCCAUCAGCCAGGGAGGAAUCCACGGACGUAUCUCAGCCACCGGUCGUGGAGUUUUCCACGGCAUCGAGAACUUCAUCAACGAGGCGUCCUACAUGAGCAUGCUGGGCCUGACACCCGGCUUCCAGGACAAGACCUUCGUCAUCCAGGGCUUUGGUAAUGUGGGUCUCCACUCCAUGAGGUACCUGCACAGGUUUGGGGCCGAGUGUGUGGGCAUCGGUGAGAUUGAUGGAGCCAUCUACAACUCAGAGGGCAUCGACCCCAAACAGCUGGAGGACUACAAACUGGUUCUCCCUUCCCCUCACUUCUGCCUCUUUUCUUUUAUCUUUUUAUUAGGGCUGUCAAUCGGUUACAAUAUUUAAUUGCGAUAAAUCGCA